GCAGAUGCGAUUCUUCGCAAGGCUUUUCGCGUAACCCGAUAAAGCGAUGGUCGAGGAGUUACCUGCUCCCCUGAAUGUACUCCCCCGCAAUUGGUGACAAAUUACAUUUGGGGGAAAUAGUAGGCCUCAAAGACGGGCUUGAAAUGCUGCAGCUAUCUACGUCCUUUCGACAACCCUAACGUGCGCGAAAUAGCGCUAUCAGUAUAUACACAAUCGCCGAUGAAAGACAACGCCCAGGAGGACGUGGUGGCGUACGUGGCCGGGUCCUUGAUGAGGGUCAGGAAGCAAUUGAUGGUCCACAUAUGGUGAUUGAUGCAACGACGAUGGAGAACGUCGGUAUCCGUGCUGAUGACCUCGAGCCUUCGAGUGCACGCCUGGCUACGGCUCAUUUUGUUGGUCGAGUGACGACGAUCACUGAUGGGAAUCUGCGAAUUUGGUCUCAAUGUGGGGACGUACAGCGCUAAGGAUAAAGUGCUGCUUCGAUUCGAAGUGCGUCUUCACUUUGACGAUUCUAACCGCCGUUUCGACAAAUUUCGCCUACCGCGCCCGGGUUCUAACGCGGAGGUCCAAGCAAAGUGGAUGACGGACUCCGGCAAACGCACGCACUGGAUGAUUGAAAACAUUUCGUACUUAGAUGCUCUACCUGCCACGAUGGGUGAUGCAGAUGGCUCUACUCCUUCCACAUCUGCUUCGAAACGAAAACGAUUGUUUGGUAGCACUGCGACGCCCGGCACUGAAACUGACAAUAAGAAAAAAUCGGUUGGCGCGUCCUCGCGCAAGAGUGUCGGUGAAAGGAAGGCGUCUAUGCAGGGUAUAAGGAACGAUAGUGCAGUGGAACUUGGGAAUCUGGAUGAGGUGCCUACGCCGGAUGCGUCAUGCGCGGGUCCAUCGUGUGCUGGACCAAGUGACCGCGUGGUGAAUGAUGUCGAUGAGACUGCUGAAUAAUGUACAUAAUUGUCGAU